AGCAUUCAGGAGUUUCUGGCUGCUGUAUAUGUGUUCCUCUCAUUCAUCAACAACAAUGAGAAUCUAAUGGCCGAAUCGCAAUCAAAGUACAGGAACUUUACUGCGCUGUUCAGAGACAAGCCUGAAGUUACUUUCUACAAGAGUGCUGUGGAUAAAGCCUUACAAAGUGAGACGGGAAACCUGGACCUUUUCCUCCGCUUCCUUCUGGGCCUCUCACUGGAGUCCAAUCAGAAGCACUUACGAGGUCUACUGACAAAGACAAGAAGCAGCUCACAGAGCCAUGAAGAAACGGUCAAGUCCAUCAAGAAUAAGAUCAGGGAGAACCCCUCUCCAGAAAGGUGCAUCAAUCUGUUCCACUGUCUGAAUGAACUGAAUGACCAUUCUCUAGUGGAGGAGAUUCAAAGCUACCUGAGCUCAGGAAAUGUCUCCAGUGAAGAACUCUCACCUACACAGUGGUCAGCGCUGGUCUUUGUGUUGCUGACUUCAGAAAAGGAGCUAGAUGUGUUUGACCAGAAGAAAUAUUCCAGAUCAGAGGAAGGUCUUCUGAGGCUGCUGCCAGUGAUCAAAGCCUCCAGAGCUGCUCUGCUGUCAGGCUGUGGAGUCACUGAGAAAGGCUGUGCUUCUCUGUCCGGGGCCCGCAGCGAUGGCGGUCGCCAGUCCGGGGCCCGCAACGAGGGUCCCCAGUCCGGUGUCAGCGGCGAGGGUCCCCACACCUGA